AUGCCUUGGAUCUCAAAAGCCGCCCUGCACACCCGUCGCCCCUGCCAGGACGCCCCCAACCACUUCCUGAACGGCGGCGCGACCAUUGAGCAGCUGCCGCUGUCGGCCCUCAUCGGCCCCGCUGACAUCAUCGACGUGCCCGACUCUACAAACGUGACGGCCGACGCCCUCCGCGCCCUGGACGUCCCCGCCGACGCGACGCGCCUGCUGUUCCGCACCUUGAACACCAGGCGGCGCCUGAUGGAGGUGACGCCGUUUGCGAGCGACUACGUGGGGCUGGACGCGUCGGCGGCGCGAUGGCUGGCGAAAGAGCGGCCGGGGGUGGUGCUGGUGGGGAUCGAUUACGUCAGCAUUGGCAUGCUGGAGGAUAUCGUUGAGGCCCACAAGGAGCUGUUCAGAAAGGGCACCGUGGUGGUGGAGGGCCUGGACCUCUCCGCCGCCCCCACCGGCCGCCACCAUCUCACCUGCCUGCCGCUGCUGUUGGUCGGCUCCGACGGCGCUCCGGGCCGCUGCAUCCUGCAGACGAACUCUCAGGGCGCUUCAAAGUGA